UCCCGGUUGGGGUCCCGGUGUGUUUCCGGUGCCACCGUGUCCCGUCCCCCCCCCCCGCAGGCCGAGGCGAUGCCGCUGCCCGUGGCGCUGCAGUCCCGCCUGGCCAAGCGCGGCCUGCUCAAGCACGUGGAGCCCGAGCCGGAGGAGGAGAUCAUCGCCGAGGACUACGACGACGCGCACGUGGAUUACGAGGCCUCGCGGCUGGAGGGGCUGCCCCCCCCUUGGUACAAGGUCAUCGACCCGACCUGUGGGCUGCCCUACUACUGGAACGUGGAGACCGACCUCGUGUCCUGGUUGUCCCCAAACGACCCCAACUCCGUCAUCACCAAAGCUGCCAAGAGGCUCAAAGGGGCCCAGGUAGAGGCUGAGGAACCCCCCGAGAGGGGCUACGAGAAGGAGGAGCCCCCCCGGGAGCGGCGCUUCCACCGGCGCGAGGAGCUGGCGCCGUACCCCAAGAGCAAGAAAGGCAGCCGCAAGGACGAAGAACUGGACCCCAUGGACCCCAGUGCCUACUCGGAUGCCCCCAGGGGGACGUGGUCCACGGGGCUCCCCAAGAGGAACGAAGCCAAGACCGGGGCGGACACCACGGCCGCGGGGCCCCUGUUCCAGCAGCGCCCGUACCCGAGCCCCGGCGCCGUCCUCCGGGCCAAUGCCGAGGCCUCCCGGAGCAAGGACUGAUCCCAACCCCCCCGGGCCCCCCUGAAAACACCUCUGG